GAAGCUGGAGCGGCUGCGGGAGCGGGAGCGGAAGCAGGAGCAGAAACGGAAGAUCUCCAGUCUGUCCUUUACCCUGGACGACGACGAGGAGGAGGAGGAGGAGGAGGAGGAAGAGCAGCUGGAGGAGGAAGAGUCGGAGCUGGAGAAAGAGGAGCUGCCCCCCAAGAAGCGCAAACUGGGAAAGAAUCCGGACGUGGACACCAGCUUCCUGCCGGAUCGGGACCGCGAGGAGGAGGAAAACCGCCUGCGCGAGGAGCUGCGCCAGGAGUGGGAGGCCAAGCAGGAGAAGAUCAAGAGCGAGGAGAUUGAAAUCACCUUCAGCUACUGGGAUGGCUCCGGCCACCGGCGCACGGUCAAGAUGAAGAAGGGGAACACCAUGCAGCAGUUCCUGCAGAAAGCCCUCGAGAUCCUGCGCAAGGACUUCAGCGAGCUCAGGUCAGCCGGAGUGGAGCAGCUCAUGUACAUCAAGGAGGACCUAAUCAUCCCCCAUCAUCACAGCUUCUACGACUUCAUUGUGACUAAAGCAAGAGGGAAAAGUGGGCCGCUCUUCAACUUCGACGUUCAUGAGGAUGUGAGACUCCUGAGUGAUGCCACUGUGGAGAAGGAUGAGUCCCAUGCUGGGAAGGUCGUCCUCCGCAGCUGGUAUGAGAAAAACAAGCACAUCUUCCCGGCCAGCCGCUGGGAGCCCUACGACCCUGAGAAGAAGUGGGACAAGUACACAAUCCGAUGAGAGGUGCUAGCUCUGGAUUCCUGUGUGUGGCUCCCCUGGUGUUACUGCCCUAUGGUGGUCAUAUUCUCCCCCCCCCAAAAAUAAAUCUGUUUUCCAUCCCCUCUCCAACUGUUGUAGCUUACUUAUUUCCCCCAAGAGGGAGGGAUGCUAAACAUCCCUCUGUAUCAUUCAUAGAGAUUUAAUACAGAAACCCCCACCCCGAAAAUAGAGUUUGCAACUAGCAACUAAUUACUUUUACUUCCUUAACUUCAAGCAACUUUUUCAAGCUGUUGAAGAGUUUCCCCCUGUGAUUCAAUAGGGGUAUUCUGGGUGUUACACAAAAUAAUACUAUGGGUAGGGGUGUUCCCCACCAUUGAUUGGCCUGAUUAUUGUGGAGAGGUUAUUUGUUUGUCUUUUCUUUAUUCAUGCCCUUGCUUCCAAAGACUGUUGGUGUGAUAAAAUACAAAGUGUUUAGUAAGUUGAAUAAAACAAGUAUCUGCAUUUUGAUUUAA